UCGUGUCCGGCGGCUGUCGACCCGCGGCCGCCGCAGUGUACGUGUCCCUGACGUGCGCCUUCCGCUACGGCCGGGACGACUUCGAGGUGAUCGGCAUCCCGUUCCGGCGCGACAUCCACGUGACCCACCGGCAGCUGUACCCACCAUGCCAGGGGCCGCCGGCGACGGCCGCCGCCACGUCCCUGCAGGACCGCCUCCUGAACAAGCUGGGCGGCACGGCCUACCCCUUCAGCUUCAGCAUGCCCCAGAACUUGCCCUGCUCAGUCACCAUGCAGCCGGCUCCCAGCGACAAGGACAAGUCCUGCGGAGUGGACUUCGAGGUGAAGGCGUUCUGCUGCGAGAAACUGGACGAAGACAUCAAGAAGAAACACUCGGUGAGUCUGCUGAUCAGGAAGGUUCAGUUCGCGCCGGAGAAGCCCGGGAUCAGUCCGUCCGGGAUCGCCACCGUGGACUCGGACUCCCCCGUCACGCUAGACGCCUCCCUGGACAAGGAGGUGUACUACCACGGCCAGCCGAUCAAAGUGAGCGUGGCCAUCCAGAACGGCUCCAGCAAGCACGUGAAGAAGAUCCGACUCACUGUCGAUCAAAUCUCAGACGUGGUUCUCUACUGCCAGGACAAAUACACUAAAGUGGUGUGCAGCCUGGAGCCUGCUGACGUGGUAGGCCCCAAGUCUAACCUGAGACAGGUCUACUCGCUCACUCCGCUGCUUGCGAACAACCGGGAGAAGCAUGGUAUAGCUCUUGACGGCAAACUCAAACACGAGGACACGAACCUGGCUUCCACCACGCUGGUGUCAGAGGGAGUGGACAAGGAGGUGAUGGGAAUCCUGGUCUCCUACGUCCUCCGUGUGAAGGCUCUUGUCUCCCGUAACGGGAUACUGGCAGAUAUCGCUGGCAGCGAUCUGCUGGUGGAGUUGCCCUUCACGCUGAUGCACCCCAAACCCGUGGACGAUGUCUACGAAGUGUCCCAGAAAGGGGUCGACAUCGUGGUGGAGGACUUCGCUCGCAAGGGAGAGGAGCCGGAGAAGGUGGACGAGGUGGACGAUGCGGGCGAUGCGAAUUAAAGGGCACGCCGGGCACUCCGUUCUGUGUAGUGAGCCUCUGGGCUUAGAGGUAGACAUCAACAACAUCAACAACAUCAACAACAUCAACAACAUCAGCAUCAGCAUCCACUGAAGAGAUGCCAGUUCUCAAUUGCGAUCACAACACCACAUCUUCAACUCGUCCAACACAAGACAUCAUCCGUGAUACUGGACGUCAUCUGUGAAAAUAGCGACGAUGGGUGGUGGUUGCAAGUGAUGGUGGUGAUGGUGGUGAUGGUGGCAGUGGUUAUAGUGGUGAUGGUGGUGGUG